GCUGUGUGUGUGUAAAAGGUUAUGGCGGGGUGACGAGAACAUCAAACACCGAUGCUGAGCCUGCUGUCUGUCUGCUUCAGUGUGUGUGUGUGUGUGUGUGUGUGUGUGUGUGGUCGGUCCAGCCGGCGCAUGUGUACCUAGUGGGCGUGUGCCCGAUCCUCCCUCCUGUCGUGCAAACCGGUGCGUGAGAAUGCACGCGCGCGGGUGAGAUUGCACGUUUGAACGCUCUAGGUGAAGCCCACUUUAAGAUAGUUUUUAAUCUUCUGUUUUAUCAGCUAGAUGCGGGUCCACGCGGCAGCGGCGGUGGUUACGAGUGGGUAAUUUGUCUCUGAGCGCGCGUGAUUUCCCUCCUCCCUCCUUUUCUCCUCCUCCUGCUCCUCAGCGUGGAGGUGCGGGGCCACUACACGCUGUGUUGUUGCGGCAGUGGAUGGAUGUAACGAGCAUGUGUGCGGGUGAAGCCUCGGGCGGAGGGAAAUAAAACGGAUUUAUUUAUUUUUGUUUUUAUUUUUUUCCUCCAUCUCAACCUGUCGAUCUGUCACCUCCAUCCUGGCGACAUGUCAAACACAAACAAAAGCAAGAAGGACAAAGAAAUCCUCGCAGAAUACGAGAGUCAAGUGAAAGAUGUGCGGACCCAGUUGGUGGAGCAGCAGCGCUGUCUGGAGCAGCAGACAGAGAUGCGUGUCCAGCUGCUUCAGGACCUGCAGGACUUCUUCAGGAAGAAGGCAGAGAUCGAAACUGAAUAUUCCCGAAACCUGGAGAAGCUGGCGGAGCGGUUCAUGGCCAAAACGCGCAGCACAAAAGAUCAUCAGCAAUACAAAAAGGACCAGAACCUGCUCUCUCCUGUCAACUGCUGGUACUUAUUGUUAAACCAGGUGAGGAGAGAGAGUAAGGACCAUGCCACCCUCAGCGACCUCUACUUGAACAAUGUCAUCACCCGCCUGACGCACAUCAGUGAGGACUCAGCUCGCCUGCUGAAGAGGAGUAAAGAGAUCAUCUUUCAGCUCCAGGAAGAUCUCAUGAAGCUUCUGAAUGAGCUCUAUACUGUUAUGAAGACAUAUCACAUGUACCACGUGGAGACGAUCAAUGCAGAAACCAAGCUGCGGGAAGCUGAGCGUCAGGAGGGUCGCGUAAAGGGCGUGUCUGGCACAGGUGGAGGGGUGGAGCCUGUUUUCGGCCUGCGGAUAGAAGAACGCCACCAGAGACGCAACGCCGCCCGCAAGAUGGAGAAGAUGAGAGAGAAGAGAAAGGCAAAAUAUUCAGAGAACAAACUGAAGACCCUGAAAGCCAGAAAUGAGUAUCUACUGACUCUGGAGGCCACCAAUGCUUCUGUGUUUAAAUACUACAUCCAUGAUCUGCCCGAUAUUAUAGAUUGCUGUGACUUAGGGUACCACUCCAGUCUGAGCCGGGCUCUGAGGACCUACCUAUCAGCCGAACUGAGCCUUGAAGCUUCUAGGAGGGCGGGUCUGGAGGUGCUGGAGGGGGCUGUGGAGAACCUGGACCCAGCACGGGACAGGCAACGCCUGCUGGGCCUCUACCCCACUGCCUUCUGCCCGCCGCAACGCUUUAGUUUCCAGGCCCACAUGGGUGACGCAGUGGCCCAGAUUACAUCGCAGCCGCAGGUCCAGGCUGAGCUCACCCUCCGUCUCACUCAGCUCCAGACCCGCCUGGCAUCCCUGAAAAUAGAGAAUGAGGAGGUGAAGAAAACCUGGGGCGCGACUCUGACCACCCUACAGGACAUGACGGUGCUGGACGACUACGACGUCUCUCAGAGCUUCACCCACAGCCCGUCCUCAGAGUCUGUCAAAUCCAGCGUGUCUGACGGAUAUCUGAACAAGCCGAGUCUGACCAAGAGACGGGCCAACCAGCAGGAGACAGAGCUCUUCUAUUUUAAUAAAUUCCGCGAGUACCUGGAGGGAAGUAAUCUCAUUUCCAAACUCCAGGCCAAACACGAUGUAUUAAAGAAAGCCUUGGCAGAGGGAUAUAAAGCUGAGCUGCUUACUACCAGUCGUGGGCGGAAGAACUCCCAUAGCAAGCACCAGGAUUCAACCAAAGCCAUACCUUUGCUUGUGGAGAGCUGCAUUCGCUACAUCAACCUUCAUGGUCUUCAGCAUCAAGGCAUAUUUCGUGUGUCAGGAUCCCAGGUUGAGGUCAACGACAUCAAGAACUCAUUUGAGAGAGGUAACGACCCGCUGAUUGAUGAGGAGAGCAACCAUGAUAUCAACUCUGUGGCUGGAGUGUUGAAGCUCUACUUCAGGGGUUUGGAAAAUCCUCUGUUUCCCAAGGACAGGUUUAAUGACCUCAUCUCUUGCAUCCGAAUGGAAAACUUGUACGAGAGAGCACAGUGCAUCCGUAAGAUCCUGCUUGGCGUCCCUAGGGCAACGCUGGUGGUGAUGCGCUACCUGUUCGCCUUCCUCAACCACCUUUCUCAGUACAGUGACGAGAACAUGAUGGAUGCUGGAAACCUGGCCAUCGUAUUCGGCCCCACCCUCCUCCCGACACCCGACACAUUGGAUCAGGUGGCCUGCCAGGCGCACGUGAAUGAGGUCAUAAAAACGGUCAUUUUGCACCAUGACAACAUCUUUCCUGACACCAAGGAGCUUCCUGGCCCCGUUUAUGAGAAGUGCAUGACCGGAGACCAGUACUGUGAGAGUCCAUUCAGCGAGCCGGGAGCGUUGGAGGAGGCUGAGCCUGAUGCCGGCACUGAGACCCAGACCAGCGACGAGGAGGGGGAAGCCGUGGAGGCGGUGGCAAGGUUCGACUACGUUGGCCGGUCCGGCCGCGAGCUCUCCUUCAAGAAGGGAGUGUCCCUGCAGCUCUUCCAGCGCGCAUCACAUGACUGGUGGGAGGGCCGACUCAACGGCAACCACGGCCUGGUGCCUCAUCAGUACAUCAUGGUGAAGGACAGGCGAGUGCACAGCCCCAGAUGGGCUGAUGCCAUGUCCGACACACUCAGUCAGAAAGCUGACAGCGACGGAGGAAGCAGCAGCACUGAAGAUAAGAGGUCCAGGAGUGAGCUGAGCUCCCCGACUGACAUCCGACCACCAGAGAACUAUAACAGUCACAGGAGGAAGCGAACCGACGGUCUGUUCCGCCGCCCUCUCUGCCGCUCCAACGACAACCAUGGUAACGGAGGAGUGAUGGAGCGAAGCUCUCCACCUGUGACAGGUCAUUUCAGCCCAAGAGAGCUGCUGUUGGGGAGAGGUCAAGGCCUGACUCCGCCCCUAGACAGUCCCGAGCGCCGCCGCCGCUCUGCCGCUGUGACCAUGACGGUGAGCCGUCAUGAUUCGCUGCGGAGGCCAGAGGACACGCCUAUUCGGCGCUCGAGCAGCGGGCAGCACAGCUUCAGCGACUCCCUUCGAUCCAGAGCGAUGGACCCUGACACACUUGCACAGGACAUCGAGGAGACGGUGACCGUGGCCCUCGGGGAGCUGAGGCAGCUGGAACGGCAGGGCUGCCGGCCGGCCCCAGACGUAGUGCUGGACACUCUGGAGCAGGUGAAGAACGGCCCGGUCACCACCUGCUCCUCCGAGUCUCCCAGCCCCCACAGCACCCCUAGUACACCAGGCACGCCUGGAACCCCUGGUACACCCGGGACCCCUGGAACCCCUGGCACCCCUGGCACCCCAAGCCCCCUCAGUCCACUGAGUCCCAUCAGUCCACUCCCUGGGCCCCCACCUGGACCUCCCAGACCGACCAACCCUUCUCCAGACGCCCUGGGCUCCUUUAAGCCUGUGGCAGCUGCCCGCAUCGGGGCUCCGCUGCGGCCCCCUGCCCUGAGGCCCAAACCUAUGGUCCCACCCAAGAGCAGCACCCCACCUCUGCCUCCACCGUUGGACAAAUCCUGCACCAUGUGAGCCAAACAAGGCCAACAGAAGGCCAAAUCAGGCCUACCCGGGCCAAAAAUGGGCCAGAAGAGGAGAUCAGGGUACUGCUUAAUGAUUAUAAUCAACAUGAGGGUAGAAACAGUAGGACAGAUGAAAAGGCUUUUAAUGUAGUAAUAAACUAUAAUAUAUGACAUGACCUAUGAUAUGAUAUGCCAUGAUAUUUAUAUGUCGUCAGGUUGGUGUGUACUCUCUUGGUGUGUAGGAGUUUACUUUCUCCAUGUAUUGAAGCAUUUUAUCAAAGGAUAGCUAAAAGAACUGCUGAUGCAGAGAUAAAGGACCGAGCGUAGGCGGAGCUUCCUGUCCUGCGUCAAAGGGACAUGGGGAGUGUAGUCCAGCUCCAGUAAAAUGUAGUUUCAGUGACGUGAACGUUGGCUGUAAUGUCAUGAGGAUAGGCCCAUGCUAGCCGAAGAGGCUAUCACCAAUUGGCUGCUGUAUCUGCGAUGAGUGACUCGAUUGGUUAAGAGGAUGACACAACGAUGGUUCAACGUCUGGAUGACUUAUAAUUAAUUUUUAUGUUCUUUUUUCACUCUGUUCAGCUGCUAAGCUCACUCGCACCUCAAGCGCCUCUUGAGGUCGUCAGUGACAGGAAACUUAUUUUACCAACUUCUUGCUAUUAAAUGAAUGUUUUCAGCUUUUAACGACUGUUCAGCCAUCUUACUGAAUGUUCAGUGAGCUGCUGUGUGAGGCGGCUCGCUCAGCUUUUUAACAGCCUUCUUGUGUUGUCUGAGGAAACCUCGCAGCCAGAGCAAGCCUCAAAACUGGAGGGAGCUUUUUCUGGGUCGUCGGGGUGUGUGUAUGAUUUCGUUCUUGUUUAUUUGAGCGUGUGCAAGUUGAAUUUUGUGUGUACAUGUGCGCGUCCUGCUUGUCUGCCCCUUGUUCUGCUCCCCGUGUAAGUGCAGAAGCACUAGAAUAGAUAGAGGAUAGAUAAUUCAUGCCUGCCUUUGAGUGCCAGAACACACGAGUGCAAGUUGGGAAAAUGGUACGAGUGCAAAAAGCAUGCCACUUUCUGUAUGUAUGUGUCCGAAUAAUGGUUUACCUGCUUGUUACACUGAAGUCACUGGUUAACCUUAAAUUCACAAUAAGCUAACAGGGUGGGGCUCUGUGUGUAAACGCCCAAAAAAAGAAAAACAAACACUUUUACAGCACACUGAAUGUGGCCUCCGACCGGGCUGUGAGUGUGGUGAUUUAAAUGAAACAUGACGUGCUGAGAUGGCUGAGGAUGCAAAUGUGUGUGUGUGUGUGUGUGUGUGUGUAUGUAUGUGAAAGUGCCUUUUUUUUUAAUCCUUGUCUUUUUUGAGAGUUGUGAAUCCACUCACGCAUGUCCUGAACGAAGAGCAGCAGCACUCCGAAUGAAAUAAUCAUAGUGUUUAGUAAAUUACUGAAUUAUGAAUUCUAGCAUUAACCCAUUGUGACAUUGCACUUUGAUGUAUAGGAUCGUGUACUUGGCAUGUAGCAUCAUAACAUGUUGGUGCAUUUUAACUCAAAGGGAGGUUUCUUUGAAUGUGUUUGAUAAUAAUGGAAACGGUUUUUGUCUGUUAGUGUUGCUGUAUUUGAAAACUGAGCUUCCUGAAGUUAAGCUCAUAUAGCCAAAUGGAUUGUAUCAAUGUGUUGUAUUUAUAUUAUAAAUAAACCUGAAUAAAUUAGCACUCAAGUCAUUCACCGACUGAACCUUUUAUUUAAAUGUUUUUGUUGAGCAUUCAAUAAACCUCUGUGUAAAUCA